UCCCUCCCACAAGUUAUAUCAUUGCGCAUGACCAUUGAGGUGGUAUUGCGUCUUCGCGGCGUGAAGUGAGAGGAAAGGCCCCACGCAGAAAUCAGUUUUCCAUCAGAUGAAGAGGAGAGCUUACCUUUUUCCCCCUCUACGUUGACUUGUUGACGCCUCGUCGUUGUCAGUCUCUUCAUUGACUUUGUCAGUGAAAUCUUCCCUUCAGUCAAAGACUUUGAAAUUAGCCCUCCCACAACUGCUUCCUCAUUCUGUUCUUGUGCCCUGUCUCAUUGAGUUAGUGUGCAGCCAUUUUCCAGGGAGGCCAUGUCCCAGAAGGUUCCACCUGAUAGCUCUCAGAAAGGCUUCGCUGUAGGACGCGGGCUCCUGGCUGCUGCUGAGACCCUCAACUUCAGCAUGAACGAACCACGUUCAGAAAGCCACCAGCAUGGCUCAACCUCCAGACCGUUGCAGGGCCUCGGCCCGGGUUUGGGCAGCAGUGAGAGCGACCGUGAACCGCAGCAGUCCCGUCAUGGCGGCAGCCACAUUGGCAACUCCAUGAAGCUGUUUGCCAGCUUGGGCCUAUCGCCCGCCGACCUCGAUGUGCUGGCGCAGAUCCCUGAAGAUAACAUCAGUGUGGAGACCUUGCCUCAACUUAUCAUGCAGCUUAAGAACCGGAAGGUGGAGGCUGAUAGACGCAUGGCGGGUAACCCUAGAGGAGACCUGUCCGUUCUCUCCUCCGAGCCCUCAUACAGAGCCGGCAGAGAUGACUGGGAUGAAAUGCGCCUUGGAAGGCUGGGCGGUUCUAUGGGGCAAGCUUCGGCCCGCGCUCAGCAAGGAGAGUUGGGCUACGGUUCCAUGCAAGAUGUUCCAGCUCGAGGGUAUGACCUCGACUAUGGCCACGACAACAGUGGCGGGGGAGGCGGAAGAGACCCAGGGCGCUGUUCAGAUCUUUCCCACAAUCGCUAUGGCGGUAUGGGCAUGGGUACGUCCUUGGCGGCAGACAAUGUCUUUAUGACCCGGAGAAUGGGAUCCCCGUCCCAAGGCAAAGUGCAGGACUUCUUGGGAGUCAUGCCCCACAUGUUUCCCCAUGUGUGCUCUCUUUGUGAUUUUGACGUGCAUUCUACCAUGGAGUGGAACCAGCACACUAAUGGGUUACGCCAUGCUGAAAACAGGAGGCUCCUCCUGCAAAUGUACCCAGAAUGGGAUCCACAAAUGGGCCCAGGCCGAAACUCUGGCUCCCUUCUACUGGAUGCGAACCUCCGUUCAGACGGUCUUCUGGGACCGGUCCCAAUGGGCGGUGGGCAUCACUCUGGAGGGGGGCGCAUGAACUCUGGCUGGGGGGGUGGCCUUAGGUCAAAUGUUGGAGCAGGCAAAGGACUGCAGCACUCAAUGGGAGGAACCCCGAUAAGAAGCAGAGUAGUGGUGGCCAAAUACGACAAGGCUCCUCUCUCCAACAAAUGCCUGUUUGACCUGGCUCAUCCCUUUGGAACACUCUGUGAACACUUGGUCCUCAAGAACAAGGCCUUUUUAGAAAUGGAGACUCAUAAGGAAGCUAAGGAUAUGGUGAACCACUACCAGCAGAACCCAACUCAGUUGUAUGGGAAAAAAAUCUCAUUUUAUCUGUCCAAAGAACUCCUGGUGAUUGAGAAACACCGCAGAAAUGACAGAGGCAACCGAGAGCAGAGACAAGGCAAUGAACCGGCUGUAGCAAGCCAGGUGGUGUUCUUCUCCAACUUGCCACGUGACAAUGAGAAGAAGAAAGAACUACUUACCAUUGCGCAGCGUUUUGGCACUGUGGAGAAACACCUCUUUCUAAACGAGGAGGCUUUUGUUCAGCUGGAGUCUGCUGAGGACGCUGAAAUGUUGGUUAAAUACUACACACUAAACCCGCUGACCAUCAACUGCAAGAAGAUCCGCUUGAACAUCUGUGUCAAAUACAAGACCCUAAAUGUGAAUAAUCUGUCCAGGCCGGACGACAAGCGGAGGAGGCGACGGAGGAGCAGCAGUACUGGGCCCCGAGACAAAACCUCUAAGAGCACCAAAUCCUCAAGCGGCAAGGAGGACGACGACGAUGACAAGAAGGAGCAGCGGAAAGGAGAGGACGAUGGCGCCGGGAGAGAAGGGGAGGGGUCCAGUGACGAAGUGGCUGGUGUGAUGGAGGCCGAUGAGGCGGGGGAAGGAGAGAAGGCUCCGUCGGAGGGCGCUGCCGAAGCUACGACUGAAGAGGCUGACGCCAGUGCGGGAUCCCUCGAGGAGAAGGAGGCCGCUCCGGAAUCGGAUGACGUUCCGAGCAUCGAUGCGGUUCCGAGCAGCGGUGAUGUCCCCGAGAAGGAUGGUGAGGGGGCUGCGCCUGUCCCUGAGGAGAUGGCAGAGGGAGCAGCUCAGAGGGAACGGGCGGAGACUGAAGGCGCCACGGAUGAGCCAGAGACUAUGGGCAAAGAUGACACACUGUCCGGCGAGCCAAAUGAGAGCUAUGAGAUGACUGAUGAGCAGGAGGAGGGCAGCAUGGAGCAGGAUUUUCCUGAGAACAUGGAUGACUUUGUGACCUUGGAUGAGCUGGCUGACGACGAGGACUUUGAAAGACAAGACUCUUCUAAUGGAAGAGACUCCGGCUGCGCUGACAAACGUGGGGGUAGGAGAGUAGUCAACGUUGGCGGUUUUAAACGCUCCUAUGGGUUUCUGAAUGAAAUCUUGGCCCUGGCGAAGCCCUUUGGAACCGUUGUUCAACACCUUGUGCUUGACCUAAGACGUGAGGCAUUUCUGCAGCUCAGCUCUGAAGAAGAGGCGAAAGCAAUGGUGGAGUUCUACAAUGGGAAUGUAACACCGACUGUGUGUGGGAAACCUGUGAAAAUCUACCAUUCGCAAAGAUAUACUACAAUCCAGAGUGGGAGAGUAGUGUAUGUGGGACAGAUUCCACACAUCAAAUUUUUAGAUGCCUCACUCCUGAAAAUUGCUGAACCAUUCGGCACAGUGAAACGCUAUUUCCUGCACAGAUCUCGCAAUGAGUGCUUUAUUGAGAUGGAAAAUCCUGAAGACGCUGAGAAAAUGGCUAAGGCCUAUAAGGAUGCUCCUCCUAAGUUCCAUGGCAAACGAUUAACGGUAUACUUGAGCAGAAAGUACAAACAACUUAAAUAUGGACACCGACCACCGAGCCCUGACUCUGACAAGGGGCUGAGGCCAUCGAAAAGGGAGAGGUCAGAGGAUGAAACGAGCGCCCACGGUAGCUCAGCUGCCAAGAGCUCGACCAAGCAGGAUGAAGAACCUCCAGUCAAGAAGUCCAAGGAGGAUGCAGCCGACAAACACGAGGAGAGCGUCGAUCUGAGUGACUCUGAGAUGAAGGGGGAAGGAGAGGGCCAAGAUGAUCCUGAGAGCUCCACUGAGCAAAAAGCUGAUGUCAACAUGGACAUCAAAAUGGAGGACAACGAAACGUCCAUUUCUAUAGUGAGUGUGAGGAGCAUGGAGGAGAAUGGGCAAACUGCUAGUACUCCAGCCCCAGCUGAGGGGAAGACUUCGCCCGGCUCCCUUACCCUGGAGCACUUUGAUCCCAACACCCCAGUCGGUGUUGAAUUUGUCAAGAUGGGAUACUACUGUAGAGUCUGUUUCCUGUUCUAUUCCAACGAGGAGACGGCCAAGAAGGUUCAUUGCAGCAGUCAGGCUCACUAUGAAAAACUCAAGAAACAUCUGGAAAAAGAAAAGGCCAAAGCUCAAAGUACUGCAGAGAAGAAAAUAUCUGUGUAAGAAUUAUUUCGUAAGAAACCUUGUUAAGCUGUUGAUCAAGUCAGUGUUCAUGCAUGACUAAGCGUUAGUGUGUAACUCUGGAGUGUGUUCCAGCAACUUUUGGAUUUCAUGUGUAGCCAUACAGCUUUGUAAUGUUUUGUUUUAACUGUACAAUGAACAAGAUGUAACGAAAGAUGAACCAAUUUGGAAACUGUUUAGAGUUUUGUAUACCUGAUUUAGUUUUGUGCUUUCUGCCGACUUGUGUUGCUUAUUGUAAGUGCAAGGCACAUUUGAUUUGAUUUUUAAUAAAGUUUUAGGACUACAA